AGUGUCACUUUGCAACAGCCCUCUGUUCACAGGCCACAUUCUGGUCCUUAUUUUCAACUGCCUCUUUCCUCCUGAGCCCUCCUACCAGCUGCUGUUGCCAAAUGCAGGAAAAGCGGGUGAUGGGGGUGGAGGAGCCUCGGUGGUUAAUCUGGGGUUGAAGUGCUGGCUCGGUUAGCUCGGAGUGGCUGAACCUCUUGCUGAAGAAACACGUUUUCUGGGGAGCUGCACAGCAGAGUAACCUCUGCCCGGGUGAUCUGAUGAGAAAUCACCUUCUGGCCGGGACCCAAACUAAACAUGGGAUUAACUUUGCCCUACGCGUGUGCUGGCUCGUAGCUGUUAAGAGUCAGUGAGAGUGCUUAAUCCAGUCAGUCUGGGAAGAGCUGUGCCCGUAGAGAUGGGAGCCAAGCUGCUGUGCCUCUUCCUUGUCUCUGCCCUCAUUGCUUACUACAUCUACACUCCAAUCCCUGAAGACAUUGAGGAGCCCUGGAAAGUGAUGCUAAUCACGGCUAGCUUCAGAGCCAUGGGGCAUCUGGCUGAGGUUGCAGAUCAGCUGGGACUGAUGCAUUAUAUGGAAGGUCUGAUGCUGCUCACGACUGCCGAGUACGUUGCACCCACAUCCGAUGAAAACGUCACUGUGACGGACACAGAAUUCAACAACGUUGCCGUCCGGCUGUUCCUGCCCAGAAGGACGUCUGAUGGGCUGAGAAGGGCAGUGAUCUACUUCCAUGGGGGAGGAUGGUGUGUAGGAAGUGCAGGCAUGAAACCCUAUGAUCAUCUGACAAGGUGGACUUCAAACGUGUUAAAUGCUGUCGUGGUAUCAGUCAAUUACAGGUUGGCACCUAAAUACCAUUUUCCCAUUCAAUUUGAAGAUGUGUAUUCAGUAACGAAGUUCUUCCUCCAGAGCAGCGUCCUCUCCCAAUAUGGGGUAGACCCAGAUCGGAUCUGUGUUGCAGGAGACAGUGCAGGUGGCAACUUGGCUGCAGCUGUGGCACAACAGCUGUUGAAGGACUCUGAAGUUAAAACUAAACUCAAAGCCCAGGCUUUGCUUUACCCUGCUCUUCAAACCCUUGACCUGAAUUUGCCAGCUUACCAAGAAAAUGAACACAAGCCGAUUUUACCCAAGUCGCUUAUGGUCAAGUUCUGGAGUGAAUAUUUCACUUCCGAUUCAUCUCUCAGGGAAGCGAUGGCCUCCAACAGGCACGUCCCGGUUGAAUCCAGCCACUUAUUUCAGUUUGUAAACUGGAGCAAUUUGUUGCCUGAAGAGCUGAAGAAGGAUCAUGUUUACACCAGUCCCACCUACGGAAGUUCCGAGCUUGCUCAGAAGUACCCGGGGUUUCUGGAUACCAGGGCUGCCCCGCUGCUGGCGAGAGAUGCCCAGCUCCGUGGGCUGCCCCUCGCCUACGUCCUCACCUGCGAGCACGAUGUCUUACGGGAUGAUGGAGUCAUGUACGCCGAGCGCCUCCGGGCAGCAGGCGUUCCUGUCACACAUGAUCAUGCCAAGGAUGCCUUUCACGGGGCGAUGAUGUUUGUCUUGAGUCCAGCCGAGUUAGCUGUAGGGCACCGGCUGCUGAACAGAUAUAUUGAGUGGUUAAAUGAGAAUCUAUGAGUUGAAAAUGUCGGUCUAGUAUGGCUGGCUUGUGUCCCCUGGGUGCUAUUGAGGAGCAUAAGAGGAGCUAUGUGAGUUUUUGGGUGUGAUUGCCGUCUUCCUUGUGUUGCCCUGCAGUGUCUGGAUUGCAGCGUUUCUCAUCUUCUCUGGCAGGAACAGCGGUCUGAUUCUAAUCUAAGUGUUCUUUCAGUGCUGUUGUCUGAGCUCAGAACCCCAUAAACCAUCAGGGCUGCCCUGGGAUUUCUCUCCUGGCCAAAACCAGAAGAGUCGAUGUGCCUGACCCUGCCCUCACACUGCCUGGGCUUGUGGGCCUAUGGGACUUGAUGUCUCAUGCUGGUUGCUUCUUGUUUCUUCAUAUUGCAAUGUCUUCAUAUAGCAGGCUUGUGCAAAUGAGCAAGAUCACUAUUUGCACACAGGAGGUGCUUGGUGGCAGCUUGUUCCCUGUCCCCUUUGGUGUGCUCCCUUAUCCUUUGGGACACGCUGGUGAGGCCCCGCUGGGUGACGGGGUGAGUGGAGGUGCAGGGACAUAACUUCAUGAAGUCCACAGCAGCUUGUGAAACCCUGCCCAUCACAUGUGGCUGCUGGGCUUGUGCUUUUUUUUCUCUCCAGCACAGCUCAAGGGUAACACUUGGAAACCAAACGGGAUGGCUGUAACAGUGCAAAUGUUCAGGUUUUUUGGUUUUGUUUGGGUUUGGUUUUUUUUAAAGCAUCUCUCUUCUCAGUAAUAGCUUUCUUUAGUAGCUGUACUAGAAAGAAAUAGCGUAACAAAAUGGCACUGAAUAUUCUUAAGAUAAAGGAAGGCUAUGAAGGUCCCAGCCUUACAAUAGCACUGCUGUAUGUUUUAUGUUUUAUGUUCCACUUACCAAAUAAGUGUUAUAAUGAUCCUUAAAAUUGUUUGGCCUAUUUUACAUAUGAAUUUUUAGAAAGAAAAUUGUUAUUAUUGUGAGGCACAAAAUGAGACCGUGAAAAUUGCAACAUCAGCGUCUCCAGCAGGAGAGGCUAAAGCCACAGUAAGCAACAUCUUUAUCCAGAGCAGUAAACAGUAAAAACCACCCCAAGGGAAGGCUUUGUUCACUCUCCCAAUAGAGAUGGAAAUGAAAUUUGGUGUUUGAUAGUAAACAAAACACAACUUGGCAAAUAGUUUUGGUCUUCCAGUAUUUUUGAAACUGUUGAUUAAGUUGUUCCCUGUUAGCAAACUCAGUUUAAGGCUCUAUUACAUUGGUGCUGCUUAGUGUAUUCAUUAUUUUCAUUAACCUGUUUUCAGCUGGGAUAGAAUUAAUUUUCCUCCUAGUAGCUGCUAUGUUUUGCAUUUAGUAUGAGAAUAACAUUGAUAACACAUAUUGUUUCAGUUGUUGCUGAGUAAUGCUUAUAUUAAUUCAAGGACUUUUUCAGCUUCCCAUAGAAGCUGGAAGGGAGCAUAACCAGGACAAACUGGCCAAAGGAAUAUUCCAUACCAUAGAUGUCAUGCUCAGUGUAUAAAUGGGGGUUGGCCAGGGAGUGGGGAUCUGUGAUCACUGUUGGGGGCAGGCUGGGCAACUGAUCAUUGGGUGGGGAGAAGAUUAAUUGUAUUGCAUCUCUUUGUUUUAUCUAUUCUUAUACCAUUGUUAUUGUUAUUAUUUCUUCUGUUCUAUUAAACUGUCUUUAUCUCAACCCACAAGGUUUUUUUUUCCUCCUUUUUCUCCCUCUUCUCCCUACCCUACUGGAGUGGGAGGCAUGGUCCUAGUUGGUGGUUGGAGUUAAACCAUGACAACACUUCACACAAGUGGUUCCAAAGGCUCCUGUUAAGGUUUAACCCAUAAAGCUGUGCUAUUUUGUUUCUUCACACUGAGGUUGGCCUGGAGCCCCAGACUGAACACUCCUACCAGAGGACAGCACAUCUCAAACCUGCAAGGAGAACCUAGAGCUGUCUCCUGGUAUUGCUUAUCUGACACCAGUAUAGGACACUCAACUGUUGGCAACAACAAAAACUGCAGAGA